GAUAAGAACAUUAUCGUUUAUAAAGUUGAUAAACCUUUGAAAAGUAGGUUAGUUCACUAAUUCUUGUUAUUGGAGACGAACUGACUCACUAUGAAGUUUGUAACAAUAUUGUUCAUAUUUUCUGCAUCUUUUUAUACGGUUUACACCUUAUGUAACACUUGUUCGGCUAUUACUAACACUGCAUGUGUAGCAAAUGAUCAAUUUAGUAUUUGUGUCGAUGGUCUGCCUACAUCCUCGGUAACCCAAUGUCCCAAUGGAACAGUUUGUACAGCUUCUGCAUCGAUUUGUAGUCCUGCAGAAACUACUCAAGCUUCAUGCGGAAUGUGUGGGGUUUGUAAUGGAAAUAGUUCAUUUGCCUGCAUGAGCUACAAUUCUUUCGCACUUUGUUACGGUUCUUCUGUCCCUGAUACCGUUAAUAUUAAUUUAUGUGCUAACUCAACAGUUUGUGUAUACGAUGAUCCACAUAUUUGUGUUGAUCCAACAAUGACAGGAAUUGGUGGGACAUGUCCAGCAGCAACUGCAAAUACAACAACAACUACAACAACAACAAUGCCAACCACAACUUCAACAACUGUAAAUCCUGCAGAAUCUACAACAAUUAGUCCGACAAUUGAUCCUUUGAUUUUCUGUGCAAAUGUCACCAAUGUUGGACGCUUUGAGAUAACAACUGACAUCAAUUGCAAACAAUAUAUCUUUUGUGAUCUAGUCAAUAGUACUACUUGGGUUGGAAAUGUAUACGAAUGCCCUGGUUCAACUCUUUUCAAUUCUACGACUGGAUUUUGUGGAGUCGAAGUGCCACUUAGAUGUGCAACAACUAUUACAUAGAAGGAUGUAUUUAUACCAUAAAUAACAUCAUUAAAACUAUUUAGUUUAGAAUUUAAAAGAAUGUUUUUAAUAUUAUUCAAUUAUAGUUAUAUAAACAUUGUAGAAGUUGAGUUUAAGUUCUGUUUGACAGAAAUGAUCUAUUUUUUCGUAAAUGUCACUAUUCUGCAAUUCCAUAUAUGCAUUUCAA